AUGGUCCAGAUAGCACUGUCCAUGCAGCCGCACGUCGGCGAGAUAGAGCUGGACUCGGCGGCUUUGAUCAUAAUUGACAUGCAGCGCGACUUUUUGGAACCCCAGGGAUUUGGUGAGCUCCUUGGGAAUGACGUUUCCAAGUUGCAAAGAGCGAUUGAUCCGUGCCAAAAAGUUCUCCAAGCCGCACGAAAAGCAAAUCUUACAGUUCUUCACACUCGAGAAGGACACCGAGCAGACAUGCUAGAUGUCCACGGUCACAAACUACAGCGGUUGGGCUGUGCCUCCCAAGUGAUUGGUACUCAAGGACCCAACGGACGAAUCCUCAUCCGAGGAGAAAUGGGACACGACAUUAUUCCUGCUCUCUAUCCAGUGGACGGCGAAGCGGUGAUUGACAAACCGGGAAAAGGUUCCUUUUACGGUACAGAUUUGGAAGUUAUUCUGGCGGCGCGCAACAUCCGAACUCUCUUUGUGUGUGGUGUUACCACCGAGGUAUGCGUGCACACAACCGUUCGCGAGGCCAAUGAUCGCGGUAUACACUGCGUUGUGGUUUCUGAUGCGUGCGCUUCCUUCUUUGACGACUUUCAUCGUGUCGCCUUGGAAAUGGUUGUCGCACAGGGAGGAAUAUUCGGCAGCACGGUGGAGUCCAAGGAACUAGUUGGAGCAUUCGAAAGACUCACAAAGUAACGGAAAAGGCAACGAAUGCAAGCAUCGCCGCAAGAAUGUUUGCUGCUUCGGUAUUUCGCACAUAUUGUGUGUUUAUACGUGUGAAGUGCUGCAGCUCGGAUUUUAUGAGCAACCGGUUUUUAAACCACAUUCUACCAUACACUAACACAGUAAAGAGAAAUCACCAAUGGGUCU